AUGAGAAUUUCGGGGGUUUUGCUUGCGGAAUUCAGUUUGAUUCCGAAAAGAGCUUUGAGGAAGUAUUUGUUCGACUUUCGUGUGCCGCUGGGGUAUAAAACCGUUGUCAGGGUGUACCAGUCGUGUUUGGAUGAAUCCGACCCCAACUUCUUGCAACCGUCCAAAGAUGUCGACCAAGUCCCGCCAUAUCAGCUGAUGACUUUGAAGAGAAUUCUGGAAAACUAUCGCAAGUCUUCGGGGGUUAUUUCAAAACGGGCUGUGGAUGUUGAAAACAAUCUCGUGGAUAGAGCGUCUGAGCUCGGUGACUACGCUGCUAUCGCUCUUCUCUGUGGUCGUACUCUCGCUAGCAGCCCUGGUUCGGACCAGCAAUUGACUCGUAGCACAUCUGAUACGUCUGCUACAUCAGCUACCUCUUCUGCACUGUCUGGCGCUACUGCUUCUACUGCUGGAUCUUCUAAUAUCACUGCUGCUACCUCUGCUACGUCUAGUGGUACUUCUGCUACUGAUUCUACUACUGCUAGUAGUAGUGGAACUACCUCUGCUACUACUCCUGCUAAUAAUACUGAUAGAACUACCUCUGGAAUUGCUUCUUCAGCUGCUUCUUCAGCUGCUCCUACUCUUCCUGAUGCUGAUAGCAGCAAUGCUAGUGUCAAUGCCGAUGUCAGUACUGGUAAUGGAAGCAAUACACCCUCGAACAAUGGUGCUAGUUCCAUUGUAGUUAAGGAGUCAUCUCUACCAAAAGAUGAGAUCACUGUUGAGGAUAGACAACACGCGAAUUUGCUGCUACGACAGCUCAUGGACAAAAAGUUCCCACUUGCAUUCAAAAUAGCUGGUGAUCUGGCGUACCAGAGAAACCAGCGAGAAAAGGCCAGACAGUUUUAUCAGUUGGCCAUCGACAAUGGCAUUCAAUCAGAUAACUCGUUGUACGUCGAGUGUCUGAGAAAUAUUGGCUUGAUCUGUUUAAUGACGAAAGAUCAGAUCGAUCUAGUAACAGCGCGUCGGUACUUUGAUAAAGCAGUAGCCAGUGCUCUUGAUCUCAAUCAGGUGUCGGACUGCCAUUUCUACCUGGGUCAGAUUCUCGAGAAGAAUCAAACUGCAUCUCGAUAUCAUUUAGAAAAGGCCGCUUCUACAGGACUACGACAAGCGUUUGCCCCACUGGGCUUUCUACUGCUCAAUUACUUUAAUAAAGUUGAGCUCGCUCAACAAUGGUUUGAGCUCGGAAGUAGUAUUGACGACAUCAACUGCCAUACUGGACUGUUUGACUGUCUGAUGAAAUUGGGUGAUUAUGAAGGAGCAGCACGUGUUCUUGAUAAAAUAAGACGCGAUGAGAAAGGAGAUCUGGUGGUGCAGUCGAGGAAGAAACUGAUAGAGCAGCUUGAACAGCAUCGCCAGGGUCCACCUCCCGGAGGAUCAGGUAAUAGAAAUGACGGUGCUGAUGCUGGUAGCGAGAGGUGGAGCUUUUAA